CAAGCACAGUGCACUGCUGCACGUUAGAGGCCCAUAUUUUAUCAAAGUGGAACACACACACACACAAACACACACACACACACACACACACACACACACACACACACACACACACACACACACACACACAUGUGCACAGAGCGCCCUGCAGAGGAAAGCCUGCUAUCACUUUACAGAUACACAGCCACACGGAGGAUGUUCUGAUGGACUCCUAGUCUUUGAUAGUCCCUAGGUCAGGCAUGUCUGUGCUCAUGGGGUCCUACUUCACACCGGAUGUCUGAGUCUGACCCUUCCAGGUGGUGGGCACAGAAGCAAGAAAAGUGGAUUUUCAUCUGUGGUUUAAAUGCUUGAUGGCAGUCUGUGCUGCUGAGGUGGAAUGGUUUUAUUUUUGGGAUCUCAUGGAGCCUCAUCUACAGUGAUGCAGCCUGAGGAGCCUGUGCGGCAGGAACUGCAGUUUUAUUAUGUGGGUGACCACAUGUGGGCCACUAUGUUGGGGCAGAGCGUAAAGCUGCAACCGGUGGCCAUUCAGAGCCUGUCAGAACUGGAGCGAGCCCGGUUACAGGAGGUGGCCCUCUAUCACCUAGAGGAGAGAGAGCUGGACUUCAAGAUCAGCAUUCCCAAAGAGAUUCGCAAGAUGAGGAAGUCACUAAGAAGAAAAUUUGAUUCCUUUUCCAAGGAAAAGAAAGAAAGAGAAACAGCCCCCAAGGCGUUUGGGAUUCCUCUCUCACAGGUGAUCGCUAACGAUCGGGCCUAUAAACAGCGACAGGAUGCUCUGAAGGAGAGCCGCCGGGAUUGUCUGGAGUUGGAGGCCAGCGUCAUGCACUUCCGUGCUGAAAAACGGCAGCAGAAUGGAAACCGGCCCCUGGUGAGCACAGCCUCGACCUCAGGCGAUGCAUCCUCAUCGCUUCUGGAGCUCCACAGCAAACCGCUUUCACCAACUUUCCUGGACAACAGCUCUCGCAGCCACAGACGGGGAGGAUUGUCCGUGGACUCCAUCUCAGACUUGGUGGAAAGUCAGUCCAGGCUUCUGGAGGCACUGCAGCUCUCUCAUCCUAAUGAAUUGGACAUCAAGAAGACGCCAGCGGGCCGCACACAGACCAAGCUGAGCCUGAACCCCAUUUACAGACAGGUGCCACGUGUCAUGGAGCGCUGCUGCCAGCACAUACACACAUACGGGUUGCAGACGGUGGGGAUUUUCCGAGUAGGAAGCUCCAAAAAGAGAGUCCGCCAACUGCGUGAGGACUUUGACAGUGGAACAGAUGUUGUAUUGGAUGAUGAACACAGUGUUCAUGAUGUGGCAGCACUAUUAAAGGAGUUCCUGAGGGACAUGCCUGACCCUCUGCUGCCCAGAGAGCUCUACUGCGCCUUUCUGCAUGCUAACAAUUUGUGGGGCGCUGACCAGUUGACAUACCUGCAGCAGCUCUUGUACCUGUUGCCUCCAUGUAACUGUGACACUCUGCUGAGGCUGCUGAAUUUAUUACACACAGUUCAGGAGCACGCUCAUGACUCCGUCGGCCCUGACCAGCAAGAGAUGCUGGGUAAUAAGAUGACAGCAGGUAACCUGGCCGUGAUUUUUGGGCCCAACCUCCUGCAGAAGGAGAAAGGAUCAGAUAAAGACCUGAAACCUGAGGCAAUGGGCAUCGAGGACAGUGCUGCCAUCAUCUCGGUUACCCUGCUCUUUAUACAGCAUUACAAAUAUCUCUUCAUGGUUUCAGCAGAGCUCCAGCAGGAGGUGCUUAUGAGUCUCAUUCAGACUGAUCCAGACGUCAUUGACUACCUGCUACGCAGGAAACUCAGCAGUGUGACAGUGGAGCCAGAUCUGGGACUACGCAGGGACACUCAGACGUCUCUGGACUCAGUGGGUCAGUCCAGUGAUGACAUGUCACCUAUCGAGCCUGUGUCCCCCUUCUUCAUAGACUCAGCUGGGGGAAGCAGUCUGAGCAACGAGGUUUUUUUCAACGCAUUACGUCUCAGCACCAACAGCAAAUGCUCUUCAGAUGACUCACCCAAGUCCAUAGCAAAGAUGCGACAGUUCCAUUCCCAUCACAACCUGUUGAGUCUUGUCCAACCCUCCACCCAGCUCCAACUUGAUGAGCGAGAGCUGCAGAGAGGCAAGGGGCUGCUCAAUCCAGUCGAGGGUCUACAGUACAGUCUCCAGCCACAGGAAGACACCUCCCAGCCCCAGAGCUUGAAAGAAAGGAGUGUGUGGGUGCGACAGGGCUCCAACGCCUCCUCCACCUCAGAAGACAGCAAGCAGCCAAGCAACUUCUGGGACUUUUUCACUGGCAAGGUGUCGGGCUCAGAGACUGUAGUAUGACCCCUAUAUGGGCUAAUGUAGUAUGCAUAGUCUAUGUGGACUCCUUCACCUGCUUCCUAGAGACUGAAAUACUCCCCUAAAGCAGAAACACACCUUAUAAUAGAAUACCUUGUUGAUAUUUUAUAUAUUUUUGUAAUCCUCGCUAAUCCUCCUGCUCCCUUUUUUUUAAGUUCCCAUGCAGUGCAUGUUCAAAUAAGGCUAUGUUAUAAACUCCAGGAGAGAAAUGAAGGCACUGUUUACCAGAAAUAUAUAAACCUAAAAAGAAACGAUUACGUGUAGAAAGUGUCAAAAUGAAUGUGACCACAGAGCUCUAAAAAGAGGAAUUUCACUGCAAUGUUUGCUACGUAAGGGCCGUUACCGUAGAGAUUCUUAUUAGAGUAUAUAGUACAUAGUAUAGUAUAUAGUACACUAUAGUAAAGGCUGUUCAUUAUUCACAUACGAGGAAUAUAUUUUACAUACAAGAAUUCAAGCAUUCAUUUUGUGAACAUUUUUUUUUCUAAAUGUCCAUAAUGAAAUAACUCCCACAGAGCUGGUUUCUCAAAGGAACCUCAAGUACCAAGACCAUUGCACAUCACACAACCUUCUAAUACUUGCUCCCAACUUUCACACUACGUGAGCUGCAAUUCCCAAAUCCCUCGUCUUAGAUUCAACCAUUUUGGGCUAAGAAGUCUGACCUAGUUCAUUACAAACGAAUGGCUUCAUUAAUAUGUUAUUUUUAACUGUCAGAGGUUUUAUCAGUGUGGCUGAAUAUUGGAGUUCUGUUCAUUUUUAACUAAUUUAAUCUGCCUUUUUCAACGUAAACUUAUUGUUACUCGUGGAUGGAAUACAUUUGUGUGGUGACCUGGGAAAACCCUUCACACUAAUAAGGUAUUGGAACAGCAAGGCCAAUUCUUUUGUUUUUGCUAUACACCGAAGACAUUUGGGUUUGAGAUCAAAAGAGUUGAUAGAGCACAAUUUCAGCUUUCAUUUCCUCAUAUUUAUGUAGCUGUGAUAACCAAACUUAGAACAUGGCACCAUCCCAUUUUUUGGUGAGCAAAAGUAUAGGAACAGAAAGUCUGAAAGGAAAUGAAAGUAAAUGACACUUAAUAUUUAGUUGCAUAUCCCUUGCUUGCAAUAACUGCAUCAAGCCAGUGACCCACUGACAUCACCAAACCGUUGCGUUCUUCUUUAGCGACGCUUUUCCAGGCCAGACUUUUACUCUAGCUUGAUUCAGUUGUUGUUUGUUUUGGUGGGAGUUCUCCCUUCAGUCUCCUCUUCAGGAGGUGAAAUGCAUGCUCAAUUGGGUUAAGGUUUGGUGAUUGACUUGGCCUGUCUAAAACAUUCAACUUUUUUCUCCUGGUGAAAUUGUUUGUUGAGUUGGCAGUGUGUUUUGGGUCAUUGUCUUGCUGCAUGAUAAAGUUCCUCCCAAUUAAAUUUGAUGCAUUUCUCUGUAAAUUAGCAGAUAGAAUGUUUCUGCAGACUUCUGAAUUCAUUCUGCUGCUACCAUCAUGAGUUACAUCAUCAAUACAGAAUAGUGAGCCAGUUCCAGAUGCAGCCAUGCAAGCCCAAGCCAUGCCACUACUUCCACCAUGCUUGAUUGAUGAGCUUGUGUGCUUUGGAUCAUUUAGAUCCUUUCUUUCUCCACACUUUGGCCUUUCCAUCACUUUGGUAGAGGUUAAUCUUGGUUCCAGAACUUUUGUAGCUUACUGCUGAUGAGUGGUUUGCAUCUUGUGGUUUGGUCUCUAUAUUUCUGCACUUGAAGUCUUCUUCAAACAGUGGAUUGUGAUACCUUCACCCCUGCCCUGCAUGUGAAAUUUGUUGGUGAGGUCACUGACUAUUGUUUUUGGGUUCUUCUUCAUAGCUCUCACAAUGUUUCUGUCAUCAACUGCUGCUGUUUUGCUUGGUCAACCUGUUCCAUGUCGGGUUGUUAGUACACCAGUGAUUUCUUCUCUUUUUUUCUUGAACAUUACAAAUUGUUGUAUUGGCUAUACCCAGUGCUUGUGGAAUGGCUCUGAUUGAUUUCCCCUCUUUUACAGCUUCAAAAAGGCUUGAUUUUCUCCCAAAGACAGCUCUCUGGUCUUCAUGUUGGUUGGUUAAUCCUUUUUAACAUGCAAACCCCAGGGCUCAAACCAAGAGUGCACAUUCAGAGCUAUUACCUGUUAAAACAAGCAAUCGAACAGGGCACACCUGGGCAACAAGAAACACCCAUCAGUGACAUUUUUCCAAUAUUUUUAGCCUCUUGAAAAUGGGUGGGUUCAAAUGAAAGGUGUUAUGUUCAAAAUUGUUUAACACAUCUAGUUGUAAAUAUCAGGAAGUGAAAGCUGAAAUUCUGAUAUUCAUCUUUUGAUCUCAAACCCAGAAGCCUUCAGUGUACAACAAAAACAAAAGAACUGACCUUGUUGUUCCAAUACUUUCAGAACUUACUGUUUCUCUCCGCUCACAACCAGAAGUAAAGUUAUAGCACUUUAACCUUCUAGCACUCUGUUUAUCCCUGUAAGCAAAAAGAGAGAAAACUGCAUUUAAAGAUAUUCCAACUAAGGACACUGAAGCAUCGCAGACAUUUGGGGAUAUUUAUGGUAUUUUAAGGUUGAGUUGUCAAAAUGGUUUAUAGACAGAAAAUCCAGAUUUCAGCCAAAAACCUGUUUUUUUUUCUGCCAGAAUUCAGACAGGUUUUUCCAGACUGCCACAAAUAUUAAUUACAGCAUGCUUUCAAUUGAAAGGGGGGUGGGGAGGGGGGCUUAUUGAGGGCAGCUGUAGCCCAGGUGGUAGAGCAGGUUGUCCACUAAUUGCAGGGUUGGCAGUUUGAUCCCCAGCCCCUCCAUAUGCCAAAGUGUCCUUGGGUAAGACAACGAACCCCAAGUUGCUCCCGAUGGCAGUAUAGCACCUUAAGAGUGAGAGUGAGUGAGUGAGUGUGUGUGUGUGUGUGUGUGUGUGGGAGAAUGGGAGAAUGUGAAACAGUGUCAAAUGCUUUGUAGAACUGGUUAACAUGUGCCACAUAAAGCACAGACCAUUCAAAUUAAAAUUUUAACAUUUUCACAUGAAUGAAAUGUUCACUGGUUUGAUAACAUUACUCAUAUUACAGUAAUGCUGAAAUAAUACUAUAAAUGAAUUCAGUUAAUGAAACCUGUAUGUAAAUCUACCAAAGCUGAGAAGAAAUUCCAUUUGAGCGUGAGAAAUGUUAAAGCUGACUCUACAUCAGUGCAGAUAUUUAUAUAGAGAAUAUUCACAGGUUUAACGGAAGAGCGCAUUUGGACUGCAUUUAAUCUGAGAACCAUAAUUUGCAGAGUUGAAAUGGAAUUAAUACCAAUAUGCCUUUGCAGUUUACUUUUUCCUGCUCUAACUUUGAAAGUAACGUUUUUAUUAUCCCAUGGCUGCAUUUCAGUGCAUUUCUAGUUUCCUCCUCAUUUCAGAAACUCUGUGGUCUUCUGGCCAAGGCAGCUGCUUUUAUCUCCUUCAGAGAUUGAGAUUUGUGUACCGAUAUUCACACUGCUUUCGAAUAAAAGUAUAAUCUUAA